AUGACGGUUACGGGAACGGUCGAUCUGAGAGAGGAGGACGAGGAGACGGACCCUCGCAUGGCAGUGCGGAUCCGAAGAAGAACGGAAGGUUCGUCCCCAAUGGAUAGCAACUGGGGAUCCUUCUUCGGGCCUCAGAAGGUGGCGAUUGCCAAGACGGCAAUUUCUGAGUCGACUAACCCUUGUCUCAAUGUGAAAACCCUUCGCUUCCCUUGUUUAAAUCCCCUCUCACUCUCCAGCAACUGGGGGUCGUUCUUCGGGCCGUCGAAGGUGGCGAUUGGCAAAACAGUGAUUUCUGAGUCGACUCACCUCGUUUAUACCCCCUCCUCCGCCUGCAGCAACUGGGGGUCGUUCUUCGGGCCGUCGAAGGUGGCGAUCGCAAAGACGGUGGUGGACGCGGAGCGGAUCCGACGAGAGGCUCAGGCCAUGGCCGCUCGCGAGGCACAAAGGAAGCGAGAGGAAGCGGAGAAGGUACGCAGUGGCAGCAAGGCGAGUGCAGCAGGAAGACAAGGAGGGGCGAAGAAAGCACCAGAGGCAGCUUACCGGGAUGACCGGAGAAUGCUCUUGGCGGAGGAGGAGGCGAAGCGCAAGCGACUCAAGGAGAAUCGGGACUUCUCCUUCCUCUUCUCAACAGAUUCCAAGCAAAAGCCACCUCCCUCUCGGUCCCAGAUCACCCCUCCUCGACCGCACACAGCCCCUCCGAGAUCCCUCAGUACCCCUCCGCUUUCCAAGGACCAGGAUGCGCACAAGGACAGGAAUGGGGUGAAGGAGCGGGAUGUUCCUAGGGAGAGGGAUGGGCAUAGGGACAAAGGCAUGCAGAGGGAUGGAGAGGGGUACAGAGGGGCGGGCAGCAUCGGCCACAGCAGUGGGAGUGCCCAGCAGCAACGGCCUUUGAACAGAGCAGCUGGUGCUGGUGGUGGUGCUGGUGGAAUGGGGGCUACGGGUGGGGGCAGAGGAGUAGUGAGGCCAGGGGAUGGAAGAGGGGCGGCAGGAGGGGGAGCGGUGAGCGGGAGAGGAGGAAUGGGGGCGGUGGGAGGGGCAGGGAGAGGAGGAGGGGGUGGUGGUAUGGGAGGGAGCGGGAGGAUAGGGAUAGGGGACAUUGUUCGAAGGGAUGGUGAUGACAGGCGGCUGGAUGGGCGGGAUAAAGCGGACAGGGGGUCAUAUGGGGCGUAUGGGAUGGGUGGACGAGGUGGAGGCUAUGACGAUCGGCCUAUGAAGAAGCCUCAACCAGGUUCUGCCCCUCCCAACCGCACCCAACCGCCACCUAUGUCAAACAAACCUCUUGGCUCCACUCCUGCCAGACCUGCUGGCAUGGCUCGGCCCAAGCCAGGGCUGGAGGUUCGGAGAGAUCUGAGCCGGAUGGGAGCACAGAGAGAAGUAGAUAGAGGCGCAACCACAGGGAGAACCACAGGGGGCCGGCAUAUGACAGCGAUGAGUGUUGGCCUUCACUCCCCCUCUAUCCCCUUUCCCCCUCUACUCCCCUUCCUCAGGCGCAACCACAGGGAGAACCACAUGGGGCCGGCAUAUGACAGCGAUGACGAUGAUAACAUGGAGGUCGGGUUCAGCCAGCUGAUGGCGGAGGAGAGACGAAGGUGA